GGACGGUGCCUUGCACCAGAGCCUGGACCUGGAGAACGAAAUGGAAGAAAAAUCGCCCGUGCCGGCGGAAGAAGUGGAAACAACAGUUGAUGAACCUAAAGCUUCACUCUUUCCUCUCCUUCCACUCGCUGCCUCCUCACAACACGCCAGCAUCUCAGUUCCCCAAUGGCUCAGCAACUCCAGCUUCACCGCUGACAUUUCCGUCAUAAACGACGCCGUUGCGUCCCAGCUCAACCGCGAGGCCACCCAAUCGCCGCGAGAAGAUCAAGACCUUGAAGAUGAAGAAGGUCCCGCUGAUAAUCAAGCUCAACCGAAGCCAUUUUCUUCCUACGAGAUUCUGGAAUCAUCUCCAUCUGAUAGAGAGGAAGAGCGUGGUAGGGAGAGAAAGGACAAGAAAAAGAAGAAGAAGAAACGUAAGCGUGAUAGGUCCUCAGAGAAGGGAGGAUUGGAUGAUUACGGUUCGAGAAAGUCUCGUGUUCGAACUUGGGCUGAUGAGACCAGCACCGUUAAAGAAUAUUUCGUUGAUUCUCAUGGUGAUCCCGAUAAUUUGGCAUUUGGGUGCAUCUAUAGAAUGGAUAUUGCUCAGUACAAACCUUACAAUCCUUUAAAGCCAUCUGGGUUGCAUGUAAAAAGUUUGUAUUGGAGGAAUCAAAGGGAUUCUCUCUUGGAAAGAGAUGGUGAUGUUGAUGAAUUGGAUGCUAAGCUGAAAACCUCGGGCCGCUACUGGUCUGCAAAGCAUAUGGCUUUAGAACGCCAUAAAAACUUUAAGCGUAUUCGUCUUGUUGCACCAAAAAUGUCUGCUGAUUUGACCACUGAAGAUUUCAUACCUUUAUCAGACAUUAAGACAACUCAUAGAGCUGUUGAGAGUGAAUCUGUCUCAAUGGCUUCAGCGCUUGAAGAAUCUUGGGAAGAUGAAAUGUUCCGGAAAACUCGAGAGUUUAACAAACUGACAAGGGAGCGUCCACAUGAUGAAAAUGUUUGGUUAGCUUUUGCAGAGUUUCAAGACAAGGUUGCAGGAAUGCAGCGACAGAAAGGUGCUCGCUUGCAGACUCUGGAAAAGAAGAUUAGCAUAUUGGAGAAGGCAAUUGAUCUUAACCCAGAUAAUGAAGAGCUAUUGUUAUGUCUUUUGAAAGCUUAUCAAAUGAGAGACAGCUCAGAUAUCCUUAUUGGGAGGUGGGAAAAGAUACUUCUGCAGCAUUCUGGAAGUUACAAGUUAUGGACAGAAUUCUUGCAUGUUGUUCAGAGAGACUUCUCUAGAUUUAAGGUUUCAGAGAUUAGAAAAAUGUUUGCACAUGCAAUUGAAGCCCUAUCUGCUUCUCGCAGCAAGAACUUUAGGCAGGUUCAUCAAGCUGCUGAUCCUUCUUCACUGGAUCCUGGAAUUGUUCAGCUAGAACUUGGUCUUGUGGAUAUAUUUGUCAGUCUUUGCAGAUUUGAGUGGCAGGCUGGUUAUAGGGAGUUGGCUACUGCUUUAUUUCAGGCUGAAAUUGAAUUUAGUUUGUUUUGUCCACCUUUGCACCUCACAGAGCAGGGUAAGCAAAGACUAUUUGAACAUUUUUGGAAUAGUGAAGGUGAAAGAGUUGGAGAAGAAGGUGCCCUUGGUUGGUCCACGUGGUUGGAGAGAGAGGAGGAAACUAGACAAAAGGUCAUGAAAGAGGAGAACUCACACCAAGAUGAAGAAGGUGGUUGGACGGGUUGGUCAGAACCAUUAUCCAAAGUUAAGGAGGGUACUGUCCAAGAUGAAAACGAAGCAAACAAUGAUCUGAUUUCUGAAGAUGUCCACAAUGAAGAUGAGAAUGAAGAUGAAGUCAUGAAACAGGAAGAUGACACUGAAGAUUUGCUAAAAUUGCUUGGUAUUGAUGUUAAUGCUGGGGAUGAUUGUGAAGUCAAUGAAACUGCAACCUGGAUCAAAUGGUCAGAAGAAGAGUCUUCGAGAGAUUGUGACCAAUGGAUGCCUGUUCGUAGGAAAUCUGGUAAGAUCUCUCUUAAUUCUGCAACGCAUGAGCCUGAAGAGGAUGAGCAACUCUCGCGGAUCAUAUUGUAUGAAGAUGUGAAUGAAUACCUCUUUUCCUUAAGCUCAACAGAGGCACGACUAUCAUUGGUUUUCCAAUUCGUUGACUUCUUUGGUGGGAAGAUAUCUCAAUUGAUUUGUUCAAACAGUCCAAGUUGGGCAGAGACUAGCCUUAGCUGGGAGGAUCUGCCAGAUUCGAUAUUAGAGAAGUUGAGAUAUAUCCACAAUGUUUUAACAAAAGCACAAAGCAAUUCUACUGCUUUCAGUUUUGAAUUUCUGUCAGGCCAUUCCUCUAGGAGUGCUGAUAUGAUGAAGUUUCUCCGGAAUGCUCUCCUACUUUGUUUGAAUAUUUUCCCACGUAAUUACAUCUUGGAAGAAGCUGUUCUUACUGCUGAAGAGCUAUAUAAUACAAAAACAAAUCCUUCUAGCUGCUUGGUUACCCCAUGUCGAGCUUUAGCAAAGUCUCUCUUAAAAAGUGAUCGAAAGGAUGUAUUGCUAUGCGGGGUAUAUGCAAAAAGAGAGGCUAACUAUGGUAAUAUUGAUCAUGCAAGAAAAGUGUUUGACAUGGCGUUGUUGUCCUUAGAAGGGCUUCCAGUGGAACUGCAAUCAAGUGCUCCUCUUCUAUACUUCUGGUAUGCGGAGGCAGAACUUGCUAAUGCUAAUGAUUGUGAAUCUUCACAUCGUGCAAUGCAUAUAUUAUCAUGCUUAGGGAGUGGUACAAAAUAUAGCCCAUAUAAAAGUCAACCAUCAAGUUUACAACUGCUCAGAGCCCGCCAAGGGUUUAAAGAAAAAACUAGAACCGUACGGUCAUCUUGGGUUCGUGGUGUAAUAAAUGACCAAUCUGUAGCUCUGAUUUGUUCGGCGGCAUUGCUUGAGGAGCUUACCUCUGGGUGGGAUGCAGUAGUUGAAGUUUUUGAUCAGGCUUUUGCAAUGGUUCUUCCAGAAAGGAGAAGCCAUAGUCAUCAACUUGAAUAUUUGUUAAAUUAUUACAUAAAGAUGCUUCAAAGGCAUCAGAGUCUAGCAGAUCUGACCAAAGUUUGGGAGUCCAUUUCUCAGGGCCUUCAGAUAUAUCCUUUCAGUCCGGAACUUCUUAAAGGUGUAGUGGAGGUUGGCCAUUUUCACACAACUUCUAAUAAAUUGCGGUGGAUGCUAGAUGACUUAUCUAAGAAGAAACCAUCAAUUAUUCUAUGGCUUUUUGCAUUGUCAUUUGAGAUGUGUAGAGGUGGCUCACAACACAGAAUCCGUAGGUUGUUUGAAAGGGCACUGGGUAAUGAUGUGCUUUGCAGCUCAGCUGUACUCUGGCGUUGCUACAUUGAGUAUGAGAUGAAUGUUGCAAGCGAUCCUUUUGCAGCUCGACGUGUUUUCUUUCGAGCUAUCCAUGCCUGCCCGUGGUCUAAAAAGCUAUGGUUGGAUGGCUUUCUCAAAGUGAACCCUGUACUUACUGCAAAAGAGUUAUCAGAUCUCCAGGAAGUUAUGCGAGACAAGGAACUGAAUCUGAGAACAGACAUAUAUGAAAUCCUUUUGCAAGAUUCAUGACAAUUGCUCGUGUUACCAGAAUGUGGUUCUCGUGUUCCUUGUUAAUAAAGUGCGUCAAAUUGUGCCGGCCUCCGCCAAAGUUUUGUACAAUUUUAUAGUUCAAGUAAUCACAAGAUAACAUGUUAUGCUCAUAGUAUGUUAAACAUUGUAACUAAAAGAUAGCUGUCCGGCAAAGCAAAAUUUGAGGGGACUUCUUUGAGUGGAGAAUUAUUUGAUCUGAUUGUGGUUGAAAAUUUGAAAUCAUAUCCCCCCCCCCCCAUUUUUUUUUUUUGCUCUCAUUGACUGGGUUGGGUAGGAGUAGAGCUAGUUGGAGAAGCAGGCCUUGUAUAGGAAAGCAGAUUCUAACAUGCAAACUAGCAAUUUAGUACAUUAUUUUUUCCGUCAU